AUGAACAAACCAAUAACUGCAUCAACAUACGUGCGCUCCCUCAAUGUUGGACUAAUUAGAAAGCUGUCAGAUUUUCUUGAUCCCCAGGAAGGAUGGAAGAAGUUAGCCGUAGCUAUUAAAAAACCAUCUGGUGAUGAUAGGUACAAUCAGUUACACAUAAGGAGAUUUGAAGCACUACUUCUGGCUGGAAAAAGCCCCACUGCUGAGUUGCUGUUUGACUGGGGCACCACAAAUUGCACAGUUGGUGAUCUUGUAGAUCUUUUAGUACAGAAUGACUUUCUUGCCCCUGCAAGUCUUUUGCUACCAGAUUCUGUGCCCAAAGCUGUGAAUAUGCUGCCUCCUCAAGAAGUAGUAGCAGUGGUAACAGCUCAGCAGAAACACAUACCACUCUAUUGCAAAGACAGGACAUCUGGGUUACCAGUGCAGAAUCGUGAACUAAACUGUAUGCCACCUGACUCCUCCAGUGCCGAAAGUGAAAGUUGUGAUAAACUGAAUGAAAGCUGUGAUACCCGUUUUCACAGUUUUUCAUUUUAUGAAUUGAAGAGUGUGACAAAUAACUUUGAUGAACGACCCCUUUCUGCUGGUGGUAACAAGAUGGGAGAGGGAGGAUUUGGAGUUGUCUAUAAAGGCUGUGUGAACAACAAAACUGUGGCAGUGAAGAAACUUGCAGCAAUGGUUGACAUUAGUACUGAAGAACUGAAACAACAGUUUGAUCAAGAAAUAAAAGUAAUGGCCAAAUGUCAACAUGAAAAUCUGGUAGAACUGCUUGGUUUCUCUAGUGAUGGUGCCGAUCUCUGCUUAGUCUAUGUCUACAUGCCCAAUGGCUCUUUGCUGGACAGACUAUCUUGCUUGGAUGAUACUCCACCUCUUUCUUGGCACACGAGAUGCACGAUUGCUCAAGGUGCAGCUAAUGGCAUCAGUUUUUUACAUGAAAACCAUCAUAUUCACAGAGAUAUUAAAAGUGCAAAUAUCUUGCUGGAUGAAGACUUCAGAGCGAAAAUAUCUGACUUUGGGCUUGCCCGGGCUUCUGAGAGGUUUUCGCAGACUGUCAUGACCAGCAGAAUCAUGGGAACAACAGCUUAUAUGGCACCUGAAGCUUUGCGAGGAGAAAUCACACCUAAAUCUGACAUCUACAGCUUUGGUGUGGUUUUACUGGAAAUAAUAACUGGACUCCCAGCUGUGGAUGAGAACCGUGAGCCUCAGUUAUUGCUAGAUAUCAAAGAAGAAAUUGAAGAUGAAGAAAAGACCAUUGAAGAUUAUAUUGAUUCAAAGAUGAAGGACGCUGAUUCUAGUUCAGUUGAAGCUAUGUACUCUGUUGCUAGUCAGUGUCUGCAUGAAAAGAAAAUAAAAGACCAGACAUUAAAAAGGUUCAACAGCUGCUACAAGAAAUGA